AUGGCUGGUUCCGGCUCUCCUGCUGAUUUACAAGCUCUGUUCGCGAGAAUAAAACCUCGUCCGUCCCCAGGUGGACAUCAAUCAGAGGGCCAGCAGCCGUUUUACACUGGACACUUUCUUCAGCAUCAACAGCAGCGGAGUGGGAGUUCGCCUGGCGUCACAUCGCCUACGCAGUUCAACUAUGCCUCACCUUACGCUUCCUCACCAAUCCUUAGCCCUCCACUGCCGUCUAAUCCUCCCCACCAUGGCUCGGACGUGAUCAGCCCAAGCUACUCUACCCCACAGAGCGAGCAGAACCAGCAACCCAUGAGCUCUGAUCGCACAAACUUGCUGAACUUGCUGAAGUUUAGUCAGCCUGCAGGUGGACAAAGCUCCAACCCGCCAGCCGAGACGGGACUCCCAUCCGGCGUUCCAGCGCGUGUUGAGGCAAAUGGUAACGGUAGUGCCAAUGGUAGUGGCCAUCGUAUGCCUGGCCAACGCACCAUAUCGGCUUCCGACAUCCUUGCGUCUUUCCGCGGGCAGUCAACGGUUGGCGCCUCUACUGCCCCAGGACCGUUAUCUGCCGCCCCGGGAAGACAUAGCCCAGCUGAAAGGCCGGGCGCGACACCUACGCCCUCUGGGGACGCAACGCAGGAAAUGCUGCUUAGACUGUUGAAUCAGCCAGCUGCUCAAAAGUCGAAGGGGGCCUCUCCUCCUGAAACUAAAUCCCCCAGCAAACCACUGAUUAGUACGGACACCAAUGACCGUCCAGCCUCGGAUGAAUGUAAAAAUUCUCCUGUCAGAACUUUUGGCACGGCUGAUAUCAGCGAUGUUACUCAGUUUGAUCCGUUGCAACCCAAGGGAACAAACAAGCCGACUAUCUUCAGCCAUGUCAAUCCUUUUGAACAUCUUGCCGCGGCAUCGUCGAGGAAUCUAUCCCCCAACAGUCAACCCCGUUCUGGCCGCGCCAGCCCCUCAGUUGGAGCCGUCACAGCAGCCGGGAAGGAGAAUCAAAGAGGGAAGGUCACUUCCGAAGAUUUAAAGCGUCCAGCUCCCCAUACUGGCCCAGAGGAGGUUGGUGAACGUUCUGUUCAGGUACAGCAAACCACUAUAACCGCGGCCAAAGAGUCGUCCAGCCAGCAAAGUGGAGAAGAGUCUGCCCCGGAAGGCCUUGAAGGAACGGUAGUAGCUGAUUCUGGUGCUGAAGCGGAGGAAUCCGCGCAACCAUCAGAGAAGAAACCCAAACUAGAUCAUUCUGCACCCGAGGAUAGUAUUCCACAAAAGGCUUCAGGCGACUCUUCCAAAAAUCUGCACAGUGCCAAAGUGGCCCCCGAAGGAGAAAAGGCUAAGAAACCUGCCAACAAAGUUGUAACUGUUACAAGUAGUGAUGAUGCCGCUGAGCCCACCAAGUCAGAGGCUAAGAACGAAAAUGUGGCAGAGAAUUGGGAAACUGAGGCGGAGACCGACCGCAUAGUUCCUGUCUACAACUUCCCAUUGAAACCAUUCGUGUCCAUUACUUGGAAAGCAAGUUUGAAACCUGUUGGCAUCCGUGACGAUGGAGUGAUGGACAUUGCUCGUCUUAAAAAAGGCUUUGACCAACUUGAUCGCUCGCUCACUUCAGCAACUCCUGAGUAUAUCGUGUAUGCUCUUGCAAAAAACGGUGGGGCUCGUAUCAUUCGUCAGGACGAUGGCCAUGACCGACAGAUCUUCCGUUCAACUAAUGACAGAAUUUUUAAUGUCUCUGUGUCCCAAGCACCGCCUGGUUCCGCUAUUAAAGAGCAGGCAUUCCUUGGUAUCGGUGUUAGUGGUUCUGUUUACUGGACUACUAUUUCCCGUGCAGAUGACGACUACUUCGAGUCGGACAUCCUUGAAAGUCAGAGUUUAAUCUUCCCACCUUUCCCAACAUCGGAUGAGAAUACCUCUGGUGGUCAGUUGAAAACCCGUGCUAAACAGAGCUCUCGCCAUCCUGAAUUCUUCGCUAUCGGUCGUGGCAAGUCUAUUCACAUUGUUCGGCCCCGUGUUGCUUUGGCUGAGUAUGGCUUUACUACGCCGGGUAAGGUGGAUACCGAAAAGUAUUUCAAGGAGAAGUCUCUCAAGAUUGCUACUGGGAAAGCUGGAAAGGAUUUCGUAUUCAGCGGUGAUGAUACCGUCAUUGCGUCGCUUGAUAAGACCGGCAGGUUGAGAUUCUGGGAUAUCCGCGAUAUUGAUGAAAUGUUGGCUUCCAACAAGUGCGAUAUUCGCAUCCCGCUACUGACUCUUGUUACUGGUUCCCCCAACGAGAAGUGCUGGCCGACCUCUGUCGUCUUCAUUGACAAACAGCGGCCUUAUUUGAAAGCCCAAGCUCUAAGAUAUAUCCUAGUGGGUUUGAAACAGAACCACACUCUGCAGCUCUGGGAUCUUGGCCUUGGAAAGGCUGUGCAGGAAUUGAACUUCCCUCACAGCAAUGAAUCGGAUGCUAUCUGCAGUAUUGCGUACCAUCCAGGCUCUGGAAUUAUCGUGGUUGGCCAUCCUACCAGAAACUCGAUCUACUUCGUUCAUUUAUCUGCUCCCAGAUAUGCUCUUCCCCCGAUGACACAGGCUGCCUUUAUCCAGGCUGUGACGAACAAAGAUCCCGAUUUACCGAAGCCUGAUUCAACCGCUUGCAUGAGCGGUAUCCGAGAACUCUCAUUUGGUUCACGCGGUCAGCUGAGAAGCCUUGAACUUCUCCCUUUGUCAAAACCAGCGGGCGCCCGUGGAGUUGAAGAAGAUAACGGUCUGUUCGAGCUAUAUGUUAUGCAUUCACGAGGAGUAACUUGCCUCAGCAUCAAGAAACUCGACUUAGGCUGGAAUAUUGACAACAAAAUCAUCGAAUCUGUAGAUGCCCUAGAAAAAGGAUAUAUCGAGAUUAAGGAUCUUCAGCCUUUGCAACCAACCGAGGACAGCAGCCGGGGUGAAGACGGAAGUACACCUUCCAAGAGCCCCAACCAUGAAACAAAAGAUGUAAAGAAGGAGGCAACAUCGGUUACUAACUCAUCAAUCCCCGGGUCUCCAAAGAAAAAGUCGAUAGCUGAAUCUGCGUCUACGGCUACCCAAUCGCAGCAAGAACAAACAUCAGGCGAAAAGCCCGACAAGAAACGGAAGAAGAAGGAUUCUGUGGGUAAAGCUAAGGAAGCGACAAAGGUACAAGAAGAAUCUUCUGAUGCUCCAGUCACUUCGCCUAUCAAGCCGGUUAUUGCACGAAAACAGACGCCGGCUGAACAGCCACGCCCUCGACAGGUAGAGACUGAAGCAUUGGCUGAAUCAAGCCUUUCUAUGCAAGCCUUGUCUAAGGAAGUUCAAAAGAUCGAACAGAAUUUGACAUCGAUGUUCACUACAUCUCUUAACGAUGGACUCGACACGGUAUAUCGUCGUUUCGAUGAGGACCGUCGAGCUCAAGAUAAGCUCGCAACUCUCCGACAGGACGAAGUACUGCGGCUGGUUUCCAAGACGUUAUCAGAAAAUGUUGAGAAAACCUUGGCCCGCAUUGUUUCCGAAAACAUUAAGCAAUCUGUACUUCCGUCCUUAAAAGAUAGCACAGCGUCAGCUCUUGAUAAGCAUAUCAAUGGAGCGAUUAAGACUGCCCUUCCAGAAGCAAUUUCUCAUGCAAUGCAAGCUCCUGCUACCGUCCGCGCCAUGUCCGAGCUUAUGCUACCUUCCAUUGCAGGACGCAUUGAGAAAGGAAUUGCAAACGCUGUUAGCAAGUCCAUAAUCCCGGCAUUCAAGGAGGAACAGGCUCGCGCUGCUGAUAAACAUACAAAAGACGUCGAAAGGAAGUUUGCUGGAAAAUUGAAGCAACUUGAAGACCAGCAAAUCAAAGAUAGCGUUAAGAUUGAUGAACUAACUACAUUGGUUCGAAACAUGGCUGAGUCAGUGUCCACGAUUGCACAAGCACAGAAUGGAUUUGGCAAUGAGAUUCUCAAGCUUCAUAAUCAGAUCUCUGCCAGAAAUGAACAGGAGCCGUCACUGGAACAGGGCUUCUCUGGCUCAAAUGAAGCCAAAAUCACACCACCAUCUACUAAGGAUAGCGAGCUUGCUCAAAUUGCUCAGCUUAUGACGGAUGGAAAGUACGAGGAGGCGUCUGUUAGGUGGCUUCAAUCAUCCCAGCAGGCUGAGCUCUUCACUGAUUUGUUUGUCAACUACAAUCCAUCGUAUCUUGCUACUUUAUCACCUCUCGUUGCUCUCUCAGUCAGUGCCGCUGUGACAUCAUCCAUGGAAACUCAUGUCAUGGAGCGCUUGACCUGGCUCCAGCAAGUCCUUCGUUCUGUCAACGUCAGAGACCCUGCGAUAAGCGAAGUAGCCCCUCGAAUUAUGGACAUUUUGAUCCAGCGCCUCGAAGAACUAUUCAUGUCCAUUGCACAAACAUCUCCUAAUGAUCCACUUUUGCACCGAAUCCCACCAAUUACCGAAUGGGCGGCCGUUCUAAGGGACGCAAAGUAG